UUAUUGAUAAAUUGUAAAUAAAUUAUUUCAAAAAUUUUUACUGAAUUGAUGUAAUUGUGUACAUGUGUAACUAUACUUAACCUUUCUUAUUUCUGGGAGUGAGUUAGUUUUUACUAAUGGUUAAAUUUUAAUGAUAAAAUAAUAUAAUGAAUAAUUAAAAUCAACAAUGUGUAGUAAAUAAAAGUAAUUUAUUGUUGACAAAAUAAGAAACUACAAAUAAUCAUAAAUUAACAAGACAAAUUACAACAAAAAUAAUAAAAUUGAACACUUGAGUUUAAUGUAAAGUAAGAAUAACUACAUACACAAAGAUGGAUAUAUUAAAUGCAGUUAUUACUUCUAAAAUAUCAACGGAUCAAAUUUUUGAAUGGUUGACUACAGAUAAUUUACAAAGCGCUCCAUUUUCGGACAUCAUCCAAACAGAUACAACAAAAGCUGAAUUCAUUAUAAAUUUUUUAAAUUAUGUAAAAAAACAAUGUAAAAGUAUUUUAAAAAUUGAACCGAAUGCUUCUUUCGAAAAUAAAGAAAAUUCAAAAAAAUUCGAAAACAGUUUCAAUGUGGCAUCGAAAUUUCAGAAUCAUGAAAAAGUAACACCAAAGCAUAAAAAUAACUCUUUUGAAGAAAAUGUGACUGACAUAAGCAUAAGCAGUCAAAGUAUUGGGAAUGGGUUAACAAGUACUCCUUUAAAAUCCAAUGUAACUACCUACAUAACUUCACCUGAUGUAAAAUCACCGCUUCAAACUGCCUAUUACCCUCCAGGUACACCUAAUGCAUUCUUACCGUCACAUGUUUUGAAUACUCCAAAUCAAGCCAAUUUUUAUUCCUCAAAUCAAUUAGUCAGCCCGAAUGUAUCAAAUGAUAACUAUGCAGCAUUAUUUAGUCAAUCACAAUCUUCUAAUUGUUCAAUGCGAAAUGUGUCGCUAAAUGAUUCUCUCAUUUCUAAUUCAUCAAUGACACCAAAUGUUGCUCUCUAUAGCCCAACUUCUCCACUACAUGCUGCAAAUAUGCCACUUAUUUCUAAUGAUAGGACUAACAUUUUAACUCCAAAACACAAAAAAUCAGCUUCUAAGAAUGAAAAAAAACGAAAUUCAUCGGCACAAGUACAAAAUAAUAGCCAGAAAAAUAAGAGUAGUCAAAAUCGGAGUAUAUGUUUGGGAGAUUUUUUAAAUGUUGACAAGGCAGGCUCAUCAAGUGGUAAUGGCAAAAAAACUAGAUCUAGGCGUCGAAUAAAGCCUACUCCAUUAAAAACUUUUGAUAAUUCAGAAAAUCAACAGCCGCAAGUUUUUGGAGUAGUUAAUAGGCCACCCAUAGUUAAUCCACAAUUUACAGAGGCUCAGCCAGAAGAAAAUCCCAAUAAAAAAUCAUCAUUUGAAGCUGAAAGAGAGCUGUUAAAAUUAGAAAGAAAAAAACAACCAAAAAUUGAUGUCCAUGAUGAAGAACCAAUUUGUCAAAACAAACCAAAAUUACAUACAAUAAACGUUGUACCUAACGUAGAAUUAGUGAAAAAUGUAGAAGUUUUAAAUAUUCUAGUAAAUCUCUACGGUGGUUUGUUAAAGAAAAAUUUGAUUCCAAAUCUCAUGACAGAAUUAUAUUUUAUAAUUUCGUUAAUCACAUCUCAGUACAAAUCUCAAGCUAAAGAAGAACUAAAGAAAAAUGUAACAGAUUUUAAAAGCGAUGACUUAAUACUUCAAGAUUCGUUUGAAGCAUUAAAGAUAAAUUUAGGAUGUAAAGAUAUUAAUGAAGAUAAUGAUAGUCCAAAGUCAACUCAAGAAAUAUCAAAUUCAUUAUUAAAUAAUUCAAAUGAUGAAAAAAAGGAAGAAAACCAAACGAAAAAAUUAAAAACAGUUACUGGUACAACAUCAUUUCUUAACACCGCUCAUAACUGUGUUUAUUUUGCUACAGCAAUAUUGGCUCAAGAAAAAAAUCUUCUAGAAAUUUUAGAUAGAACUACAUUGAAAUUACUUUCUGAUAAUCUUCAUGUGAUAUCAUUUCAACCAGAAUUACAAAGCUACUUAAAUGAGUUGUACAAAAAGAAAUAUUUGCAAUCAAAGCAAAUUGAAUCUACUGACAAAUCAACUGUGUCACAAUCAAAUGUUUGUUUUGAGGUUGAAACGGAUAAUCGAGAGAAUUUUCUUUCUCAUAAUUCAUUCAGUGUGUUUCGACAGCAACGAGAUUUAUUUUAUGAAAUUUUAAAAACUUGGGAAGACCGUCAUUUAAAUCCAAAAUGGUCUUUUAGUUUGUUAGAAAAGAAAAUUGCUACAAUGCUAAGCUUACACGACGAUAGCGUUAAUUAUUAUCAUCUUGCUCGAUUGUUUAAGCUUCAAUUAUUAAUGUCUUCAGUAGAAGAUAAACAACUGGAACAACCAAUAAAUGAUGAGUACUCAAGUAUUUUAGAAAGUAUGCAACACUUGGAUCCAAACAAACUGAAUCAAUUAAAGAAACGAUUGGUUACUCCAGUCACUAGUACAUCAAUUGAUCCAGUACCUUCUCCGUCAUUUCCAGGUGUACAAGAAUUUUAUCGAAACUUUAUUGCAGUUGUUUCAAAUCCAAAUUUUCUUACCAUUUUGGAGCAUUGUUUUAUUCAAGAAAUUAUGGAAUUAAAUGAAACUCAGUUUAUAUGCAGUGAUAUUGAAUAUAAAGAAGCGGCUGUAGAGGAAAGUACCAAGCAAAACUAUCUUCUUUCUGUAUCAAAUCUUCGAUUAAUGGCAAAGUUUUUAGGAUUAGUCAUAUCAAUGCCGUAUCGAUCAGAAAUCAAUUCCGUUGGUAUAAUAACCACCCAAAUAACUAUACGAAGUCGAAUACUUCCACCGUUGGAUUUACAACAAUGUCUUAGUGAUGCCUUAAAACAUGGUAAAUUGACUUUGGUCGUUCCUUGGAUUGUUCAAUAUCUAGCAAUGUUAGAUUCAAUAGCGUUUCGACUUCCUUAUUAUUUACAACUCUGUGAAGUCCUUUAUUAUAUUUAUCGAACUGCGCCCACUUCAUUGAAUCAUAAAGCUGCAUUGUUGAUAACUUUUGCUAUUGGAUGGCUUUUCGAGCUUCCAAAUUUUCCAAAGGAUCUUUUUUACGAUUGGUACACGAACUACGAUAUCAAAAAAAUUCCAAUUUUUCCAGAAACAAUGAUUGAAGUUAAAAAAAAUCAAUCUAUAGUGAAUAGUUCGUUUAAAGAACAAAAUUUAAUUCUAGAUAAAAUGGAAAUCAUUGAUGACAGAGUGUUGCACGCUUGUUGCCCAUUUUUGGAGGCCUUUAAAGCUUUAUUAACAUCUGGAAACUCAAGUUUUAAAAACAGUAAUAUUAAUCGUCACAUCACUCCUGUUUCAAGUCAACUUUCUCAGCCUUCAUCUGCAACAAAAGCAAAAAUGCUACAGAUGCAAUUACAAGAUGCAUUUUUUCAUGGGCAACCAAAAUCUGUAAAGAAAACCGUCGAUUUUGUAUCAGAAAGAGUAGCUUCAAGUUGUGUUAAAUAUAUUUGCCAGUCUAUGAUAGUUAAAAAUGAAGAAAAGUGUUUUGAAAUAUGGAGGGAUAAGAAUUCGUUAGAAGAAAAGAAAGAUCAAAUUAUUGCGAUAACGAAGAAUAUAAAAGAGCAAUGUCAAGAAGAAAUAACACAAAUGGCUCAAACAAAAAUUAAAAAUGCAAUGGAAUCUCUUCUGGCUGAUGAUCUUUUGCCUGUAGUUAAAAAUAUGUGUAUUAAAAUAGCUCAAAGGAUGACUAUGGAACGAAUUAAUCAAUGGUUAGAUUUUUACAUUAAUAACACGACAACUUUUGAAAGUAUACGUGAGAAAUAUUCGAAAAAUAAUCCUUAUAAAAACUCUGAAGAAGAAGCUGAUGAUCCAGCUUGGAAAAUAAAUGGUGAAAAUUAUGAUCCACAAGCUCCUUCUGCAACUUCUAUGAUAGAAAAAUUAAGAAAUGCACUCUGGGAAGUCAUAGAACAGCGCGGAAGGUGGUUUGUAUUAUCAGAAGAUCAAAACCUGAAUUUGAUUCAAAACUUGCGAGCAACGUUAUAUAAUAGAAAAGAUGCUUUACCGUCUGUUAAAGUGGUUUUAUAUAAGAUGAGUAUUGAUUAUGCUUUACAUAUAAUUGUUUUUAAAAAAGACUUGAUGACUCCAAAAGUGGAGGAUAAGUUUAUUGAAGUAUGGAAAUUGUGUCCAAAUGCUAGUGAUCUCUUUCACAAUCCUUUGUGUACACGAAAUAUUACACUUCUUAUGCAAACAUAUGACAAAACAGUAUGGUCAAAAUAUGGGAAUUUUAUUGGACGAUUAUUAACAGAGGAUAUUUUAAGUUGGAACCUGUUUUGUGAGCAAUGUGUUGCAAUUUUGAGACAGGAAUGGUCUGCAGAAGUAUUGAAAUUAAUUCCAGUUUGUUUAAUGGAAACACUUGGUUGUUUUAAAAAUACAAAUAUAUCUGCAGGAAAAAUCACAAAUACGACAAAAUAUGAAAAAAUUAAAAAUAUGAUUGAAUGGAUUGCUGAAACCUGUUCAGGUCUCAACAGUAAUUCAUUUUAAAAAAAUUGCAUGUGUUUUUAAUAUUUUGACCAAUUGAUACUAAAGAUGGAAUUUUAUUAAAUAUGAUGACGAUUAUAAAUUGAUUGAAUUGUGUAAAUUUUAAAAAUUGUACAGUUUUUCUUAACAGUAUAUA